AUGGUGAACACGUCGACCAGUCCGCCGACGCUGGCGAACCCGCACGGGGCUCCCCUCGUGUCCGCUCCCUCUGUCGUCCUAGUGUUCAUGACCUUCGCUGUGGCCGCUCGUCUCUGGGGUAGAUAUCGAUACAGGACGCUUUCCAGCUCGCGAGACACUCGUUAUGGAGAGUCUCGCUUCUGGAUCCUGCUCUCCGAUAUCACCAUCGUCCUCUCCUUUAUCAUGAACGUCGCUUUGACCGCCGUCUGCUUUGUCGCCGUGAAAUGGGGCGAAGGCAUCCACACCAAAGAAUUGAGUUUGUAUCAGGUGCACAAGGUGCUCGAGAUGUUCUACGUCUAUCAAGUCCUGUACAAAUUCGUCUCGGGCAUCGCCAAGAUUGCGACCCUUUUUCUGCUCCUCGCCAUCGCUACGCCCCAGAUGCGUGCCUUUCAUACAUUUUGCAAAUUUUUUAUCCUCUACAUCGCCGCUUAUUGUCUCGCCUGCUCCCUGGCCACCGUCUUCCAGUGCAGCACGGACUUUGAGAGCAACUGGAACAAGGCUCUUUCUCAGAAGAAAUGCUUUACCCUGCCACCGUUUUGGUAUACCCAUGCCGCCAUCAACAUCUCUGCCACCAUGGUCAUGAUCUUUUUGCCAUGGUGGUUGUUCUCUACAAUCCAAUAUAAACGCAAAUACGCCAUUGCCAUUAUCAUGAGCUCUCUCGCCGUUGCCGAAACUGCCCUCGGUGUCGUGCGUCUUUACGGUCUUUACAAGUCGGCCCAUUCCAAGGGUGAUAUGACAUAUGGCACCGUAACCGGUAUCCUCGUGUCCCAGCUCGAAAUUGACUUUGCUUGCAUUGCAGCAUGUGUUCCGACCGUGCUCAAGAUGCUUGAAGAGGCCCUCGCUUUCUUCAUUGUGCGCGUCUUGGGCCGCACCUAUAACGGAACAAGUGGGAUGAAGAGCAGUCACAAUGACAAUACCACCGGAGGCAGUGCGCACAUCAUGUCGAACCUGCGUAGCAAGGAUCGCGAGCCACGCAUCCAGGGACCAUACACUAGCUUCGACAAGGAUGACCAAGGCGGUAGCAUGGAUUCACAGGAACAUAUCAUCGGAAAAGUUGAUCCACCGACCAGCAGUAUCAAGGUGCAAACCGACUAUUACGUGACUAUUAACGAGUAG